UGCUCUGAUCUUCAUGGCCUGAGGACAAGAGCUGCUCCCAGACCUGCGGAGGCCCCUUGGAGCAGAGGGAUGUUCCAGAGAACACCCGGGUGACCUGCAUCCCUGCUCUGCACGAUGUAGCACUAGGCCCCUGUGAGUCCAGCGUCACCCCUGCAAGGUGGGGGGUCCCGGCCCCUGCCUGGACAGGCUGCACAGCCCAUCUGUCUUUACUUGAGCCUUCUCUGCUUCCAGAGGCUGCCCUGGGCGCCUGACCCUGGAACCUUCAUCUCCAGCUCCCCAACCCCUCCCCCACAGCCCUGGGACCGGCGCCAGCCUGGGGAGGGGUCUCCAUGCUCAGUUCCUUCCCGUCUUGUUCAGAGAGACACUGCCUGCCCACGUGCCAUCAGCAGGAUCCACAACCCUGCCAGGGGCCCCAUGACACGCCCCCGCUGCACAGAGCAUGUGACCCCAGAGGCCACCCUGGCCCGUUCCAGAAAGUGGUGGGCCCUGGGAUACUCCCCUCCCAGGGUGUCUGGUGGCCGGCCUAUGCCUAUCCCUGCUGUCCCCGGGGUGAGCCCGGAGGUCAGGAGCUCCAGAAGGGCCAGCUGGGCAUAUUCUGGGACUGGCCAUCAGCCCCUAUUUCUGCUGCAGACCUGGUCAGAGCCAGUGUUCCCUCCAUGGGGCCUGAAGACAGUGCCAAGUGCCUGCACCAUGGACCACAGCUGUGCCGCUGGGCAGCUGGUGACGGUCCCGCACGGGAGCGCUGUGGACCCCGCUCUCUGGGCAGCCCUGCCCUAGGCCUGGACACCUGCAGAGCCUGGGACCAUGUGGAUGGGCAGAUCCUGGGCCAGCUGCGGCCCCUGGCAGAGGAGGAAGAGGAGGAGGGCGCCGGGGCCAUGUCGCCCAGGGGGCCUGCCUUCCCCGGCAUGGGCUCUGAAGAGCUGCGUCUGGCCUCCUUCUAUGACUGGCCGCUGACGGCUGGGGUGCCGCCCGAGCUGCUGGCCGCUGCCGGCUUCUUCCACACAGGCCAGCAGGACAAGGUGAGGUGCUUCUUCUGCUACGGGGGCCUGCAGAGCUGGAAGCGCGGGGACGACCCCUGGACGGAGCAUGCCAAGUGGUUCCCCAGGUACCAGCUGUCCCUGUGGGGCCCCGGGUCUGAUCACGGGUCAGGGGUGGGCCCCAAAGGGCUCUGUCGACCCAACACCAGGCCUGCUUUGCCUCCCUGGCCCCACAGGGCACUGGGAAGGCCCCUCUGUGGAUGGUGCUUCUGGCCGGCAGGCACCCACUUUUCCUGUGAGGGCCCCUGUUCGGAAGGGCUGCUGGGGGCAGAAGUGCCUCUCCUAUGGGACUACCCUGAAGCCCCACGGAGGUGUCUCCAAGGCAGCCCUCCUCGCCCAUGCCCACGGGCACUGCAGGGCGGUGGGAGGAGGGGGCCCAACCCCAACCCCUGGGGAUCCAAGGGCUUGAAGCGGUCAGUGGGGGCCCUGAACCCCAACCUACAUCUGUGGGGCAUCUGCAGCUGCCAGUUCUUGCUCCGGUCAAAAGGAAGAGACUUUGUCCACAGUGUGCAGGAGACUCACUCUCAGCUGCUGGGCUCCUGGGACCCGUGGGAAGAACCGGAAGAUGCAGCCCCUGUGACCGCCUCUGUCCCUGCCCCUGGGGACCCUGAGCUGCCCACGCCCAGAAGAGAGGUCCAGUCUGAAAGCGCCCAGGAGCCAGGAGCCAGGGACGUGGAGGAGCAGCUGCGGCGGCUGCAGGAGGAGAGGACGUGCAAGGUGUGCCUGGACCGUGCCGUGUCCAUCGUCUUUGUGCCAUGCGGCCACCUGGUCUGUGCUGAGUGUGCCCCCAGCCUGCAGCUGUGCCCCAUCUGCAGAGCCCCCGUCCGCAGCCGUGUGCGCACCUUCCUGUCCUAGGCCAGGUACCGUGGUCGGCCAGGUGGGCUGCAGAGUGGGCUCCCUGCCCCUGUCUGCCUGUCCUGGACUGUGUUCUGGGCCUGCUGAGGACGGCAGAGCUGGUGUCCGUCCAGCACCCACAAACCCUGAUUCCCUGACCACCGUCCAGGGUGGAGAAGGAAGCCCCUGCUUGGCAUGGGGGACGCCUUUACUGUACCUGUUUGGAUGCUUCUGAAUAGAAAUAAAGUGGGUUUUCCCUGGA